UGGGCCGAGCCCUGUUAUUUAGGGCGUAUUGGGCCUCCUAGGUGGGGAACUGGAGGAAGAGGAUGUCAGCAGCAAGGAAAGCCAGCCUGUUAAAUACCAGCCACUUAGCUAAUGAUUUUUUUUAUGAUUCUAGUGAUGUUUCCAUAGGAGAUAUGAGGAUGAAAGAAACUCAGAAUAGGGUCCUCAGAAGUGAAGGCCUUGCUAAGACACCUUUUAGCCAAAGCAGAUUCCUAAAGAGGAAACAAAAUGCUGAUGAAAACCAAUUUUUCUUGAAGGGUAGUACUUCAAGGGAGAUAGAGAGCAGGACAGCUUUAAGUAAAUCACUAACAACUGCUUCCAAGAUCAGGGCUAAUGCAGCUUUGAUGAAACUGGCACAGAUAGAAACUAAAAUCAUGAGCCGAAAGCUACAGGUUGAUUUGUCUGACACCGAAACAGAUGGGAAGAGUGCUGAUGACAUUCAUUUGGAUCAGAGAACUGAAGCCCUUUCUCUAAAGAAUGUAAGUGCCAUUCCCUGGAAAUGUGAGGAUAAACUUCCUAUUGCCAGCAGCAAUGAAAGAGUCAGUCGGUUUCUGAAGAAGAAAGGUCCAGACAUUGAAAACAUAGCCCAUUCAGCACAGUUUGGAAAUGUCAAGACAUCUCAACCAUUGAAACAGAAAGAGCCAGUUAGAAAGCUGGUUUCUCUGGAUAGCGAUGAAGAGGAAAUGAAAUUGUUGCUGGGAAAUUUAGUGAAGCCUUUCAGUGAUAAAGAGAUAUCUAAGAAUGCCAUUCUUUUGAACACAGAACUUAAGGAGGAUGAAUAUGAGGCACUUUCUGUGGAUGAAAAUCAGCCUGGUCCACUUUCUCUACCCCGUGAAGGAUUUUCCAGUCUCAAGAUUUUUCGGACAUUAUGUCUGCCAGAGGAAAGCUGUCAAGAAACAACCUCUCGUGAUAGCCCUUCAAAAACUCUUUCCCCACAGAGUGGCUUUUCAGCUAACCAAACUUCAAGAUCACCAUCACUUUCAAUAAUGCAUUAUUUUUCAAAUCCCACAUCAACUUCUCCUAAAAUGGAACAUGUACAGCUCGCAUUUUCACCUGAGGAGACUAAAAUUGGAUCAUUGGAUGAAUUGUUCUCUGAAGCAUCCAGUGAGAGCUUAAAUGAUUUUAAAGUAAAUAUUUUAUCCCUUGAUGAUUUGGCUCCAGAUAAUGUCAGUGAGAAAGAACUGGGACAAAAAGAAAAAGAUCAGAGAACAAAACAACCAAGCAAGGAAUUAAACACAGAUGUGCCAGUUGUAAGAGGUAUACAAAGAAGAAGUGCCAGAGACAUGAGCCCAGAGACAAGUGUGAACAUUACUUCUCUUGACACUGAAGAGGAAAGUCACACUGUAAGUGAAAUAUGUGAGGAUGUGAAUGAGGAGUCUGUAACCUCUUCUAGAGAGAGAAGUAUUUCCAGCAGGAGAUCACCAUCUCCUAGACUUCAGGAGAGUACUAUCAACUCAGUGUAUUCUGAAGAUUUUGAAAAAUCUCCAAGUUCAACAGUAUCUGGGCAGACAGCCUACUCCCAGGAGUCAUUAGACAAGACACUGGAGUCUUUGUCUGAGAGCCCUUCAUGUUCUAAAAGAGACCUUUCCACCCAGUCAGAAGAGCCUGGUAAAAAAUGGAGUGAGAAUGUGAAGAGAAUAUUAGUGAAAGAAGUGGCUGUUCAGACCUGUGAUCCUGCCUUCACCUACAACUGGACAAAGGAGAGCAUGGCAACCAUUGGCCCAAGUUUGGGUAGAACUUAUGUGGAUCCUGAACCUAUUGCCAGUCAUGUGAUUACUGCAGAUGCAAUAGAAGCUCUGACAGCCUACAGUCCCACAGUCUUUGCUCUGAAUGACAUGUUAAAACAGCAGCUGACAUUGACAAAGCAGUUUAUGGAAACUAGUCGGUAUCUGCAUUUUUCUCUCCUAAAGUCCCUGGAAGAUGACACCUUCCAUUAUCAUACAUUGGAAGAUGCUAAAGAGUAUAUUAGGAAUCACAAGUCACCACCACUGACAAUUGAGAAAGCUUUGGAGGAAGUUGUAAAGGAAAUGUCGAAUCAAUAAGUGGAUUGGCUUCCAAUAUAGAAAAGCACCAGAAGAUUAUGAAUCUACACAGAAACAGUGCCACCAGGUCAUUCAAAAGGGAAGAAGAACCUUACGGGGGAGUAG